UACAAUUAUUAUCUCCCGUUCAUUUCCUGUGUUUCAGUCUUCGACCAGCUGUUUACAAACAAACGUGCUAUGUAAACUUAGAUUUAAGUCUGUGGAAUAAGGCAUGAAACAUACACCAUGGACAGAGAUCAUCCUAACUAGUUUAAAGAUCAUUGACAGAAUCAUGGAUAUUUUGAAGAAUACAGUGACCAGAUGCUUCAUCUUCUGUUUUCUGUUCCUGGUGACAAACUUUGUCAACAAGUAUGUCCUGUCAGUGCUGGAGUUCAAGUAUCCAACAAUAUUUCAAGGAUGGCAGACAUUUGUGGGGUUUUUGGUUAUAAGGAUGUGUGUGGUCACCAAACACUUGCCUUCCAUGCUGACAGACAAGGAAACAAUCAGACAUCGAGCAGUGAUGUGGAUCCCUGGUAUGAUGUUGUUUGUGUCGGUGAUUUAUUCCGGAUCCAAGGCCCUGGCUAACCUGACACUGCCAGUAUUCCUGUCUCUUCAGAAUCUAGUCACAGUUAUAAACUGUACAACACAGAUGGCCAUCUCUAGGAAGCUGAUGAGUUUAUUUAGUUACCUGAUGUUAAUGCUGGUCGUCAUCUCUUCUCUAGGAGCUGUCAACUCUGACCCUCAGUUCAAUGCAGAUGGAUAUUUCUGGAUGUGUGUUCAUAUCGUUUCUACAGGUGUUUUACAGAUUUUUUCAAAACUGACCAAAGCCAGGUUAAAAAUCAGCUCACAUGAAAAGCUUUACUGCAACUACAUAUACAGGUAAGACUGUAGGGUUUUCUGAUGUCCCCUUGUAGCUUGGAGCUUUAUGUAACGACAUAUACAGGUAAGACUGUAGGGUUUUCUGAUGUCCCCUUGUAGCUUGGAGCUUUAUGUAACUACAUAUACAGGUAAGACUGUAGGGUUUUCUGA